UCUUACGGCGUGCAUUGAUUCAAGCAGGCAAGUGUAUAGUGUUGACAAAGGGAGGGUGGGGGGAAGAAACUGAAGCAAAAUUCAUAAUGGACGGGAAACAAGAAGAAGACAGUUGCAGUAUUUAUCCAGUGGUUCUGCCCACCACGGAACAGAUUAAGGCUCGGCUGCUGGACUUUUUGGAGGACCAGAUGCACACCAGUAUGUGGACUGGUGUGCUGAUUGGACUGGCAGCUGCUUUCUCACUCAGUGUUAUCAUAUUUUUGCUGUACAGAAGCUACAAAGCAAAGCAGCAAACUGAAGCCCCCAGGUAUCGCUUCAGGAAAAGGGAUAAAGUGUUGUUUUACGGACGAAAAAUCAUGAGAAAGGUGCAGACGUUAUCCUCUCCAGCCAAUUCAGGUCCAGUGUCUCAAAAACGAACCAGAAAGAGACCCAAAGUUCUUUCAAUUGCACGCAAAAUAUUGCGUAUUCGGCGGGAGCCGCCCACUCUUGAGCCCAAAGAGCCGCCUCCGUCAGUUCUGGAGGCAGAUUUGACCGAGUAUGACGUUCAAAAUUCUCACCUGCCUUCUGAAGUCCUGUACAUGUUGAAGAACGUCAGGGUUCUGGGUCACUUUGAGAAGCCCCUGUUCCUGGAGCUGUGCCGUCACAUGGUGUUCGUGGAGCUGCAGCAGGGAGAGGGACUUUUCCGGCCUGGAGACACAGACGACAGCAUCUUUGUGGUGCAGAACGGCCGACUGGAUCUCUGCGUUAAUCAGAAUGACGGCACAGAGCUGGUGGUAAAGCAUGUUUUGCCUGGAGACAGUGUUCACAGUCUGCUUAGUAUCCUGGAUGUCAUCACUGGAUAUCCAGCCCCCUAUAAGACAGUAUCAGCCCGCGCUGCAGCUCCAUCCACCGUGCUCCGUCUCCCCGCUGCAGCCUUUCAGUCCGUGUUUGAGAAAUAUCCUGAAACUCUGGUCCGAGUCGUUCAGAUCAUGAUGGUCCGUCUGCAGAGAGUGACCUUCCUCGCCCUGCACAACUAUCUGGGGCUGACCACCGAGCUGUUUAACCCGGAGAGUCAGGCCAUUCCUCUGGAGAACGUGGCCAAGAUACUGGGUGACGGAAGCCCAGGCCGAAGCCAUCGCAGACUCUCAUACACCGGAGAGGAAGCUAUAGCUGAGAAACUUGCUCACGGAAGCACAGAGAAGAAAACCGAAGCAGGUGAGCUGAAGCCCAGACCGAUGCAGAGUCCCUCAGCGGUCUUCAGGAAAUCCCGUUCCAUGUCCACGCCGUUAGAAAGCUCACUUUCAGCAGGAGGCAGUGAUCUCAACACUGCCUUUGAGGAAGGGAAUCUUCAGAAAACUGAACUUCCUGUCAUGCAUAAGUCAAUUCUGAAGAAGACCGUGACCAUGCAGCCUGCUCCAUCUGCCGUGUACCACUACUCUGACACUGGGGGGCACUCCGGCAACGUCCACCACAACAAAGUCAAUGCCAUCUUUCAGGCUGCCAAGAAGGACCUGCUCAAGAUCAUUCAGCUCCAGGACCCAAGUCUUCUGGAAGGCAGAGUUACUCUGAGACAAGUGAAGGCUGGAAGUGUGGUAGCAACCCAAGGAGACCAGGACGUGAGCAUGCAGUUUGUGAUCUCUGGCAUGCUGCAUGUAUACCAGCGGAUGAUCGACAGAGACGAGGACUCGUGUCUGUUUGUGACUCACCCGGGUGAGCUGGUGGGUCACCUGGCCGUGCUGACUGGGGAGCCGCUCAUCUUCAGUGUGCGUGCUCACCGUGACUGCAGCUUCCUAUCCAUCUCCAAAACACACUUUUAUGAGAUGAUGCGUGAGGAGCCACAGGUGGUGUUGAACGUGGCUCACACUGUGGUGCGCAGACUCUCGUCCUUCGUCAGACAGAUUGAUUUUGCACUCGACUGGAUGGCAGUGGAAGCCGGAAGGGCUGUCUAUAGGCAGGGUGAAAAGUCAGACAGCACCUUCAUCGUGCUGAGCGGCCGUCUGCGCUCCGUCAUCAUGAGGGAGGACAAGAAGAAAGAGCUGGCUGGAGAGUACGGGAGAGGCGACCUCAUCGGCGUGGUGGAAGCUCUGACCCACAUGAACCGAGCCACCACUGUUCAUGCUGUGAGAGACUCCGAGCUGGCCAAGCUGCCUGAAGGAGCUCUGAUCUACAUUAAAAGAAAAUACCCUCAGGUUGUGACUAGACUGAUUCAUCUGCUCGGUCAGAAGAUCCUGGGAAACAUGCAACAAGUCAGUGGACCGUUAUCAGCUCAUGGUCGGGGUCUGCACUCUUCUGGCAGUAAGUGGGACACGGGUAAUCCCGUCUCCAACCUGUGCACCGUUUCCAUCCUGCCUGUUUCUGAUGAUGUGCCCAUGACGUCCUUUGCUCUGGAGCUGCAGCACGCUCUCAGCGCUAUUGGCCCCACUUUACUCCUGACCAGUGACAUCAUCAAACAGCGCCUGGGUGCCGCAGCACUUGACAGCGUUCAUGAGUAUCGGCUGUCCAGUUGGCUGGGCCAGCAGGAGGACAUCCACAGGAUUGUUUUGUACCAGUCAGACAGCACACUGACGCCGUGGACGCAGCGCUGUAUCCGCCAGGCCGACUGUAUUCUCAUUGUGGGUUUGGGAGAGCAGGAGCCCACUGUGGGAAAGCUGGAGCAGAUGUUGGAAGGCAGCGCGGUUCGGGCUCAGAAGCAGCUGGUGCUCCUGCAUCGGGAGGACGGACCUCCACCUAGAGGAACAGCCGAGUGGCUCAACAUGCGCAGCUGGAUCUCCAGACACCUGCACCUGUCGUGCCCUCGCAGGGUUUUCAGCCGCAGGAGCCUGCCCAAGCUGAGAGAGAUGUAUCAGCGUGUGUUUGAGAAGCCCCCAGACCGCCACUCUGAUUUCUCUCGCCUGGCUCGAUUGCUGACAGGCAACGCCAUAGCCCUGGUGCUGGGGGGAGGAGGUGCUAGAGGCUGUUCUCAGGUGGGCAUCAUUCGAGCUCUGUGUGAAGCAGGGAUCCCCAUUGAUCUGGUGGGUGGCACUUCUGUCGGCUCCCUGAUGGGGGCUGUGUUUGCCGAGGAGAGAAGCUACAGCCGAAUGAGAGUCCGAGCACGCGAAUGGGCCAUCGAGUUUGGGUCAAUGUUUAAGAAGAUCCUGGACCUGACAUAUCCAGUGACCUCCAUGUUUACCGGGGCGUCCUUUAACUCCAGCAUCAGUGCACUGUUUAAGAACAAACAAAUUGAGGACCUCUGGAUUCCGUACUUUAACAUCACUACAGAUAUCACCGCUUCUGCCAUGAGAGUGCACACUGACGGCUCUCUGUGGAGGUAUGUGCGUGCUAGCAUGUCUCUCUCGGGCUACUUGCCUCCACUCUGUGACCCGAAAGAUGGCCAUUUACUCAUGGACGGUGGCUACAUCAAUAACCUGCCUGCUGACGUAGCUCGCUCCAUGGGUGCCAAAGUGGUGAUUGCGAUUGACGUGGGCAGCCAAGACGAGACCAACCUAACCAAUUACGGAGACUCUCUAUCUGGGUGGUGGCUGCUAUGGAAACGCUUGAACCCUCUAGCAGAGAAAGUGAAGGUGCUGAACAUGGCAGAGAUCCAGACGCGGCUGGCCUACGUGUGCUGCGUGCGUCAGCUGGAAUUGGUAAAAGACAGCGACUACUGCGAGUACAUCCGGCCUGCUAUUGACCGCUAUGGCACUCUGGAGUUUGGCAAGUUCGACGAGAUCGCUGACGUGGGCUAUCAGCACGGGAAGACGGUGUUUGAUGUGUGGUGCCGCAGUGGUGUGGUGGAGAAAAUGCUGAAGGAUCGACAUCAGGAGGAGUUCCACAAGAGCAAGAGCACCAAUGUGGUGACCUGUCCUAAUGCCUCGUUCACUGACCUGGCUGAGAUCGUGUCCCGGAUAGAGCCGGUGAAGCAGACCAUUGUGGAUGAGGAAUCGGAGUAUCACACAGACUACGAUGAGGACAUGGUGCUGUCCGAAUUCGACCUGUCCAACGCCAGCAGUGAGCACGAGCACACGGAAGACGAGGACGAGAAUACAGACGAGACGGCCGACACCGCCGAUACAGAUGAGGAAAUCAAGACGGUGAGAAGACAAAGACGGCACCGGAGCGCCAAUCACACGAGCCAUGACACGCAUUGAGGAAAGACUGAGGAUACUAGGGGUGUAACGGGCAGAUGAAUUGGAUCGACGCAUUGAUUUAAAAGGCAACGAUUGAAAUGAAUCGAGACAAUAAUUAUACAGCGUGUCCCAAAAGUCUCCAUACAAAGGGGAAAUGAAAUGUUAUUUUUAGCAAAAUGUCUUCCAAAAUGUUUCAUAAUUUAGUUUAUAUUAUAUUUAAUUUUUUUUUCCAGAUAGCCUUUAAGAAUGCCUUUGACAAAAAAAAAAAAAACAACGUAUUGAAAUCAUUCUCAUGGCUUCAUCACGAGUGGGAGGGAUGACUCCGUGUAAGUUUACAAAGAAAUGGCAAUCACGUAAACGAGGUUUUGUAAAUAAAGUUACAUUUCGCUAAAAAGCAUUAAUUUCCCCCAUGUAUGGAGAUUUUUGCGACACCCUGUAAAUUGAUCAUUAUUGAUUAUAAUCGAUUAUUAUUGACGGUGCAUAAAAAAAGUCAUGUUUUUAAAAUGCUAUACAAAUAGCCUACUAUGGUGAUUGUCCCGUAAGCUGGACACUUUAAAAAUAGUCGUAAAAAUAGUUUGUGAGUUAACAGUAAGCCUAGCCCUGACUCCGAACAUAGAAAUGUUGAUCAGAGGCUAUUAAAUCGAAUUGUAUCAUAUCAUAUUCAGUAGAUUCAUUGGUAUCAUCAAAUAUUGAUACAUUGUGUUAAGAAUCAUAUUGUAUUGUAGCAGAUUCAAUGGUAUUGUCAAAUAUUGAUUUGUUUUGUUAUGUUAUGAAUCAAACUCAUAUUAUAUCAUAACAUAGCAGGUUCGGCAGUAUUGCCAAAUAUCGAAUUGCUGCCUUAUGAAACGAUUCUAUUGAAUCGUAGCAGAUUCAGUAGCACUGUCAAAUAACGGAUUCUUGCCUUAAGAAUCGAAAUUGUAUCGUAGCAGAUUCAGCGAGCGGGAUCAUCAAAUAUCAGAUGGUUGCGUUAUGAAUCCGAUCUUAUCAUGCUGUAGCAUAUUCGGUGGUCUCGUCAAAAAUAUCGCAUUGCUGCCUUAACAAUCAAAUUGGUAUCAUAGCAGAUUCCAUCAUAUCAUCAAAUAUCAAACCGUUGCCUGGUGAAUCAAAUCGAAUUUGCAUUGUAUCGUGUGGAAGCCUGAGAUUUGCACCCCUAAAGGCUACAUCCCUGACUUUUGCAUAUACCUUAAGUAUAACAGUUGUUAAUUCCAAGAAGGAUGGCUGGUAAUGUUAUUUACUAUUACACAGCAAAAACGAAAGGGUAAUGUAAUUUGUUUGAGUGUUAAGGCAGCUUGAGUAAAGUGAACAGGAUAUCCGGACAAACUGCAUUUAAAGUGUCAAAUAGUUUGGGCUUACGGUUCUGGCUGCAGUUUUGUACAAUCAUGAAGGGAUUCAGAGUUACCGAACAAGUACUCCUUCAGGCCUGGAACUGUGUGCCUUCUAUAGGUUAAAGGGAUCCUCUAGCGAUUUUCAUCUCUGUCCACCUCAUCUGUAGCAUUUGUGUUAUUACUCGAGACAAGAAAUUCAACACAAUUCUCUGUACUUGGAAAAAUAACAUCAUAAUAAUAAUUUUAAAAAAGUUUAGCGACUUCCCUUAGACUUUGAUUCUCAGUGAGUUUUGAGCAAACGAGGUAUGUGUUAUUUUCCUAAUGCAGGAAAACUUGUUGAAAUUCUUUUCCAUGGUUGUUGCACAUACUGUCCAGAUCCAGUGGAUACAGAUAAGGUUGAUAAACUCUUGAGUAUCCCUUUAAUACUAAAUAUAUCACUCCUAGAUAAGCUGCUAUACAAAAAAUACAUAUCGCACAAGCCUUUGUGCUCUGGUUUCUCACUUCUAAUAGCAUUUAUAAUGCAAAGCCAGUCAAUGCAAUUUUUAUAUCUAUUUUAGCUGCUCUUUUUGUGUACCGUUUUGUUUAUGUCUGUGAUUGUUAAUCGAUGGGAGAGAAAGACCUUUAGUAAGUCUGUAUGUGUUGAUUGUAGUAUAAUGUUGUAGUGUGUGACUGACAUUCAUGAUGAUAAAGUAGACAGUGUUUCAGUAUUAUUUAUCACAUGGGGGAUGCUAUAUGGUCUACCUGAAUCCGUUUUUAAUACAGGGCUUUACAUUUCAAACUAAUGUGACCUGACAAUAAAAAAAAGAAAAUAUGA